AUGUCUUUCCUGCUGGUGAAGAACAAACCCCUUCCGUACCAAUUCGCAUUGUGCGCCAGGACAUUCUCGCAGAAGCACCUGACCAAUUCCGCCGCGGUAACCUCUGUACAAACUGCCCAGCGCCUGCGCAACGCCGCUACACACGGGCACCGGCAUGCCGACACCUGCUCUGGCUACCCUGCCGCGCAAAAAGGGUCCAAGGGCUGCGAAGUCUUCGAGUCCGUCGGGGAGAACUUCCAAAAGCUUCCCACGAAGGUGGCCGCAGCGGCUCGGGAGGUCUUGGCCAAAGUGGCGCAGCUCCAUCAAGAGAGGUGCGAGGUGCUUUUGGCCACGAUGCGCGACACGGGGAACGACGACAACCCGGCCAAGCUGUGGAGCCGACUCCAUGGGGCUUCAGGUCACCAUUCCAUUGCAUCCAAAAAGCCGAAUCCCCUGCUGACGGCCAGCAAGAUGCAGAUGGGGAUGACCAAGAGCGGUGCCCAUUCUGCACGGGGUCGCCGAAGUGCGGAUCCUACGCAGAGCCGCCGCGUGACAUCGGGUUGA